GCUGCAAACUUCCGGUGCGUUUACCAGAAGUGUCCGGCAAGCUAUUUCCGGCGCGGGUAUUUGGAACUUCCGCCGCCGAUAGCUGAAGUGUCCGUUCCAUCCCGGUCCGGCCCGGCACAGCCAUGGCGUUCCCGCGGCCGCGGCCCGCCCGGCCUGAGCUGCCCCGGAAACACGUGCGGAACAUCGAAUGCGGGCAGAAAGCAGUGCGCGCCGUGCGCUUCAACGUGGACGGCAACUACUGCCUGACGUGUGGCAGUGACAAGACUCUGAAGCUGUGGAACCCGCACAAGGGCACAGCGCUGCGCAGCUACCAGGGCCAUGGCUACGAGGUGCUGGACGCCGCCGGGUCUUUUGACAACAGCCAGAUCUGCUCCUGCGGGUCUGACAAGACUGUGGUGCUGUGGGAUGUGGCCAGCGGGCAAGUGGUCCGCAAGUACCGCGGCCACGCAGGGAAAGUCAACUGCGUGCAGUUUAACGAGGAGGCCACUAUCAUCGUGUCUGGCUCCAUUGACUCCACGGUGCGCUGCUGGGACUGCCGCUCGCGCCGCCCCGACCCCGUGCAGGUGUUGGACGAGGCCAAGGACGGCGUCUCCAGCCUGAAGUUGUCAAACCACGAGAUCCUGACGGGCUCCGUGGAUGGCCGCGUGCGACGCUAUGAUCUGCGUGCGGGGCAGCUCUACUCUGACUACGUCGGGAGCCCCAUCACCAGCGUCUGCUUCAGCAAGGACGGGCAGUGCGCGCUGGCCGCGAGCCUGGACUCCACGUUGCGCCUGCUGGACAAGGACACGGGCGAGCUGCUGGGCGAGUACACCGGGCACCGCAGCACCUCGUACCGCCUGGACUGCGUGCUGAGCGAUCAGGACACGCACGUGGGCAGCGCCUCCGAGGACGGCAACGUCUACUUCUGGGACCUGGUGGAG